CAUUGUUGACAGCGGCGGGGACAAUAAUCCUAAUCCACACGCGGCGGGUAGGCGCUCUUUCGCUUGGCAGGCGCUGAAGUCGCUCGGUUUCCUUCUGCUUCUCGCUUUGCCUUCUCUCUCAUGUUUUCCCAUUUUUGUAGCCGUCCGCUGCAAUUAUUAUCGGCGUUUCAUUGUGGCGCGCGUGAGCCGAGCGCCCGUUUUCCCCCGCGAUGCUCCAGAGGUUCCUUAAUCCUGUAUGUAAAUUACAGCCAAUAGAGGAUGGCGUUGAGUUGGGCUGGGAUUAGCGGAGGGGCGAAUGAGUUUCAAUUUUACUGGAUUACAGAACAAAGAGAGGAAAAAGGGGGCGCCGAGCACCACUAAAGAGAAGAGAAGGGGAAGGGGAGCGGUAAUCCGGUCCGGAGGUGCCGCGGGCCACACUGAGUGACGGGGACAGCCGCUCGGGAUGUGCCGGAUUAAACCUGCGGCCCGGGAGCACAUUUAGGAAAGACGCUUCUAGUCGUUUGGGUCGGAUUAUCCACACAGAAGGAGGCAUUUGCCUCCCCCACCUCUGCUAUUCCGGGAUUGCAGCGUUUGGGAUUGUACCCGAUUGUUCCUUUUUUCCCCAUUUUGGGCCAAGAUGGCACAACCAAGAAAAGAAGGAGUCCGUCCCAACCCUAGGACUGAGUCACGUAUCUUAAACUUUUCUGGGAAGCAGGAGAUUCUUGCAAGCUUGGUUUCUGCUCUUGACUCCGUGUGUACUGCGCUAUCAAAAGUGAAUGCAGAGGUUGCAUGUGUUACUGUACAUGAAGAUAAUGUGUUUACCGUGGGCAGCGAGAAAGGCAGAGUCUUCCUAAACACUAGGAAAGAGAUCCAAUCUGAUUUUCACAAGUUCUGCAGAGUUCCUUGCUUAGCCUUCUUGCCUUCAGUGACCAGCACAGCAAAACUACAAGAUGAACUGCCAAAACCUGCCAAAGAAGGUGUACAAGUGGGACAGCGUUUGCCUGCUGAGCCUCCCUCUGACAUUUUUGUUCUGAGGAAGAUGGUGGAAGAGGUUUUUAGCGUCCUUUACGGUGAAGCUGUUGGGAAGACUGGUCUGGUACCUGUGCCUUAUGAGCAGAUCCUCAAAGAUCCAAACUCUUUGAGUGUUCAUGGCCUACCAGAGGGAGUUUUGCUAAAGAAGCCAAGUGAAUAUGACACCAAAACCUUAAAGAAAAUCUUGGAGUAUAGCAACCGCAUUCGAUUCACCAUCAAAAGGCCCAUAGAAGAGACCCAGCGGGAGGCAACAUCCUCGAUUGAUUUGAAUAGUUCUUCACCCCCCAUCAAGAACCUUCACAACCACACUGCCAAGCUUGCCAAUCAAGAAGUGGCAUCCAAUAGUCCUUUACCCCCUGCUUUUCUCUACAGAAUUCCCCAUCCUAACAAUGCACAGGGGGAAACUGCACAUGAUAUGUCCCCCACUCCUAUUGCUCCUGGUCUUGGAGGAGAUUCGCAGAGUUCAUGGUGUCCAGUUGGGGAGAAGCCUGGAACUGCUAAGGAUUGUGCUGAUAAUGGUGAGAGACUUGGGAUUCAAAGUGAUAUGGGCCAGACAUCUCAGAAUGUGCAUGUGUCCAAACGGCUGCUUUUUUCAAUUGUACAUGAAAAGACAGAUAAGUGGGAUACAUUUAUCAGAGAAACUGAAGAUAUCAACACCUUGCGGGAAUGUGUACAGAUACUUUUUAACAGCAGAUAUGCUGAAGCACUGGGACUUGAUCACAUGGUACCAGUUCCAUACCGGAAAAUUGCAUGUGAUCCAGAGGCAGUGGAGAUUAUCGGCAUUCCCGACAAAAUCCCUUUUAAGCGGCCUUGUACUUAUGGUGUUCCCAAACUGAAGCGCAUUCUGGAAGAACGACAUGGGAUCCGGUUUGUUGUGAAAAGGAUGUUUGAUGAGCGGAUUUUUACAGGAAGUAAGGUUUCCAAAGAAGCUGGAAGGCAGGAUGAUGGCUAUCCUUCUGAAGAUAGCUGUUCUGAGGCCCCACGAAUCCAAGCAACUGUAGAUUUGGCUGUGAGCACACUUAAUAACAGGUGUCAAAGUUCCUGUGUCAGCCCCACUGAAUCUUGUGAAACAGUUUUGGGAAUGCCUGUUGAAGGAUCAACUGUAAAGAAGAUUAAAAGUGAGCCAACUGAUGGGGACAUUAUUCAGGUAACAGUGGCAGAUGUGGGCAUCUCCUCAGAUGAACCAGUGUCUGAUCGUGGAACAAUGGAUGAUGGUGUCUGCAUGCAGGAUCCUAUCGCAGGUGAAGGAGCUGAUGAAGAACUCAGAUCACCUAAUGCUCCACGGACAAGUGAAGAUGAUUUGGGAGAAAUGCUUAUACACUUGAGAAAGCAGGUUGAAGCUCUUUUUAAUGCAAAGUAUGCCGAAGCUCUUGGUGUCCAGGACCCAGUCCGCGUUCCCUAUUCCAAAUUCCAAAUGUACCCAGAUGACCUUUCAGUAGCUGGCCUCCCAGAGAGCAUGUCAUUCCGGCGACCAAACUGCUUUGGUGUUGCAAAGCUACGUAGAAUCCUGGCUGCCAGUGACAACAUUCACUUUAUUAUUAAAAGACCUGAACUGCUGAUUGAAGGCCUUAAACAGGAGCUAACCCCGCAAUCACACAGCAAUUCUGUUGUGGAUGUGGAUAGCAAAGAUAUUGUAAUGGAUGAGGUGCCAACAUCCGCAAAAAGACCUGGAUACUCAGACAGCCUGGAAGCUAAGCUUUCACGGAUUGAUUUGGCAAACACUCUGAGGGAACAAGUCCAAGACCUCUUCAACAGGAAGUAUGGUGAAGCACUGGGCAUCAAAUACCCAGUCCAGGUACCUUAUAAGAGGAUAAAGAGUAACCCAGGCUCUGUUAUAAUUGAGGGAUUACCUCCUGGAAUCCCCUUUAGAAAACCGUGUACCUUUGGCUCUCAGAACCUGGAGAGGAUUCUGGCUGUUGCUGAAAAGAUUAGGUUCACAAUAACGAGGCCAUUCCAAGGACUUAUCCCAAAGCCAGCUCCAAGACGCAUCACCUUACUAAAAAAAGCAUAUGCCUCGAUUAGUGCUGAAGAUGAUGAAGUAAAUAGAAUGGGAGAGAAGGUUAUUCUUAGAGAACAAGUGAAAGAACUCUUUAAUGAAAAAUAUGGUAAAGCCCUUGGCCUUGACCGUCCUGUAUUGGUACCCUACAAACUUAUCCGUGCCAAUCCUGAUUCUAUUGAUGUGUCAGGACUUCCAGAUGACAUACAUUUCCGGAACCCCAACACAUAUGAUCUGAACCGUUUGGAAAAGGUCCUUCAGGCCAGAGAUCACAUCAAAAUGGUCAUCAAAAGCCAGCUGCAACCAUUUGAGGAAAUGUGCACCCUUGAACCCAGCACAGAAACACAUAAGGAAGCCUCCUUUCACAGACGCAAAAGGAAGAGACUUCCAGAUUCAAGUGAAGCACCUGCUACCUCAGGAGUAGAAUCCAGGACUGCAGCCAAUCAGAUUUCUGUGAUGCAGUGGCCCAUGUAUAUGUUGGAUUACAGUGGAGUUAAUGUACAGGUUCCUGGCCAAGUGAAAUACUAAGUGGGAGGACUGCUGGGGUGCUGUAGGAGCCCCAAGAAAAAUUGAGUAAUAGCUAUUUGCAUGGGCAUCCAUUGCAAAUAGCAGUAUGGCCUCCUGCUGGUGCCUUUUUUGACCUGGACACAAUUUUCACAAAGGAAGGAACAAAGAAAUUUUUGCUCCAUUCCUAUUUGGAACAACAGCAGAAAGGAAAUUAUGGCCUUCAGCACUUCAUCCUAAACAGGAACAUAGGCUUUGUUUCUGCCCAAGGAUGAAAUUGUGGCAUGCAGAACGAAUGCUUAUGAGAAUGAAGGAGAAAAAAAAAAAAAGACUGGUCUUUCCCAGGUUUGUCUCCCAAAGACCACCCUGUGACCUUUAACUUGCUGUCUAUCAUAGAUGGCGCCUGCACUUACAAAACAGCAGAAGGUCUCUUGUAGACGAACACCAUGAACUGGCAACAUAGCUCAUUUCUGUCUUAAAAUUACCAUACCAAUCAAGCCAGAUUUAAGCUAUCCCCUUUCUCAGUAAGAUAUGUUUUAUGGAAAUCAUAGAUACUUUCACAGUAGAAGUAUGGGCUUCAUGUCACUUGAACUGAAUUUUAGAUGGCAAGCAACUUCUUUUCGAUCAUGGCUUUAUUUACCAAAAUGAAACAUGUUCCUUGAGGGCAUAGGCAUUUUUUGUUUAUCCUUGCUUAUUCAUGUAUACACUACUGGCUUACUGAAAUAGAUAAGGAUUGUACCUGAAAAGCUGAAAAGAAAACAUAAACAUUGGAUAGCUUUUCUUUGUGGUAUGGUCCAGGUUCCCCUGUAGCGUUUCAUUAUUAAAUAUCAGAGCUAUCUGCUGUUGAUAGAAGUUGUACUUUCACAUGUUGAACAGUACACUAUGUUGCCCGGUUUGACUCCUUAUGUCAAGCAGCAUCAUGGUGGCUGUAUUCCUAGAAUUAUCCUUCCGGGUUGGGGUGCCUGUUGCGUGUGUGUUGUGACUACUGUGCAGAGAAGCUGUCAGUACUGCUUAUGCUUUACAGCCACAGUCUGUUAGGCUGGCACAGUCCCUGACAAACUCAGGCUAAAGUGUGCUUGCUUCCUUCCAUACGACUCUUUUAAUAAUGCAGCAGAGGUGAGCCAUCUUGAGACUCCUGCUUCUUGGAACACCUUGAUGGUAUUACUUGUCAUUUGAUGCCUCUGCAUACUUGUUACUUGAAUUUUCAGCAACUCUAUGUGCCACUUUUUUAUUCCUUAAAAACUAUAUCCACUUAUAUGAUACUUUCUUUUUUUUCCGUGUUUUAUAUGAUUCUUGGAGUCGCAUAUUAUAUUUAUUGUAAAUAUAGGGUGGACACUAUCCAAUGUUACGUAAAAUAUAAAUCUAAAUGGGCCUGGUAUGAGUAAGGCCUGUUAUAAACUGACCCCCAAUUUUGCACCCAAUGCAGCCAGGACAGGCAUUAGCUCCCAACAACCCUAAACUUGAAAGACAUUUACAAAAUGGAUGGAUGCAUUCAAGUACAUGGAAAAUCUUAUCAUUCAAGGAGGUGAUCAGGCUGCAUUGUCUUCUGUUAGGAACCACAUUUUGGUUGAAAAAGCUAAGAUUAAGUGUUACUGUAAGGGCAAUAAUUUGAAAAAACAUUUGAAAGCCAUUUGAAAAACUAUUUCUUGGGUCUGCCCAUACACAUAACUGUAAAUUCUUGCUAUGGUGAACUCCCAACUGUUCUGUGCCACAUUGAUAGAGUAGUCUUUGACUAUUUACCUUCUGGGAAAUUGGAAGGUGUGAGUGUUGGGGACUCUAGCCAUUAGCCCCUUUAAUUGUAUGGGCAGGUGAACAAUGUGUCAAUUGUGGUCAUGAAUAGCAGAGCUACCCAAUUUGUCUUUUGGAUGUACAGAUGGACACUUUAAUCCCAAGAGAUAAGUGCAUUUUUACAGUGGCCAAAUGCACACAAACUACACAGAAUAUACUAAAGAUGAAACAGUAAGACAAAUACAUAAUACUAGCCAACCCGCGGCGUACCAUACGCUGCAUAAUCGGGCCUGUUUUUAAUUAUUUUUAAGCACAGGGA